UUGUUGACAUGAUUUCGAUAUUUUUAUUCAAGAUAAUGUUUUUAUUUAUUUUCAUUAUUUUUUUAGUACUUAAAUAAAUAUGAUUUUAUUGAAUACAAAAGUCAGUAAAUCACCUUUUUCAAUAUCUUAAGAAAAAGUAAUUUAUAAAAAUAUUGGAAGCACAUGGGUUCGUAGAGGUCAAUCUCGUAAUCACGUGGUCAAACAUUUUGGUAAUAUGGCGGCCAAGUGCCAAAAUUUUUACCUGUCGGAACUAUUAGGUAGUUUAUGUUCGUAAUAAGAUUUUAAUUUGUCCAUUCUUGGCUUAUCAACAGAUUAUAUAUAGUUUUAUCAAGGUAUGUUUCACUUUACUUCAUGGCAUGUUCGAUGAAUGAAUACGAGCGUGUCAGAUUCCUGGCACGAUUAUUGGUGGAAUUUCCCUACUGGGUUAUCUUCAGCGUUCACGUCAUGUCAUAGUAUAUAAACGGGUACACUGAAAACCUUAAGCACCCUAAUGGAGAAAAUAGGAGAUGCAGGGAGUCACAUAUUUGUGCAAGAAAGUGAAGUAGUGGAUGUUAAAACAACUGGUGAUAAAAAUACUUUUGCUUCAGAUUUACAGAAAAAUUUACCAAAUUUUGUUGUAGCUGAAAACAACCUUGAUGUUAUAGCAGGAAUCCAGAAAGAAGUAUGCUUAAAUGAUACAUCAUUAGAACCUAACGUGAUAGAAAGCUCUGAUAAUUUUUUAGAAGAUGAUAUACAAUUAAGAAAGCAUGAUACAUACCCCUCUAUUCUGGCAACUCAAGGCAUUGAAAUGAAAACAAGUAAAUACAUUAAUUCAGAUGAUAUUAAUCUGUCUCUUGAAACUGAAGAUGAAAACAUGUCAAAUAGGAUAACACCAGAUAAACUUCCUGGAAAUAUUGAAGCCCAAAACUUGUUGUUAGAGGAAGGUAGUAACAUUGCUGCUUCUGUAACUGAGAUGAAAAUUCCUUGUGACAAUGAAGCAUUCCCCCAUGUAUCUUUACAUAACAAUGUUAACAAUGUAUCAGUCAAACAUAAAAACAAAGAUCAAGAGUUUACUGCAAUUAAAAGACCUAAAAGAAAAAGAAGCUGUACAAUAAACUAUAAUGAAAAUGCAUUAUGGGAUGUAAAACCCUUGUUUGGAAGUACAGUUUCUAAAAAAAUAAAUGGUCAAUCAAAACAAUCUAGAAAAGUAAAACAAAAAAAAGUUCCAAGUGAGACAUCCAAAUUAAUAAAAAUUGAUUCUUAUUUUGUAAACAUAUUGGAUAAUCUUCAUAGAUUGCAGAAAGAUGGAAAAUAUUGUGAUGUUAAAUUUUGUGGAAGUGAUGGGAAUAUCUUAGCACAUUCCCUUAUUUUAAUUGCUGCCAGUCCUUUACUCCACAAACAAUUAAAGCAAAGGGCCAAAAAGAACUCUCAUGUUAGUGAUUUGACAGAACUGGAUUUUAAAGAUGUUCCAAAGUUGGCUCUACAAAAAAUUGUAACAUUCUUGUAUACAGGGUCUCUUGAGGUUGCAGAAAGUGAGGUGAAAUCUUUGAGCAAACAUUGCAACGCUCUUGGUUUGAAUGAACUUUGCAAUAAACUUCACUCUGUUGAUUCAGUUGUAUUACCAGAACCCUUACAACAUGAUGCAAAGAAAAAAUUGAAAGAUAAUAAAGAUGCUAGUAUUUCUGACUCAGUAAAUAUUGAAAUAAAAGAUGAAGAACAUUCUUUGAAUAAAAAGUCGAGAAAAAGAAAGCUUAAAUCUCCAAAAAAUGUUAAAGUGAAAAUAAAAUUACCAAAACAAUGUUUAGAUUUAAGUGAAAGUGACACAGGAAAAAAGAACAAUAUCAUUAUGAAUGUAGAAAAACCUGGAAAAGGUUGUGAAGUGGACAAGGAAGAAAGUGUUAUUGAAAUAGUGACGAAAAGUAAUUCAUUAGAAGAAAAUGGAAAACCUGAAGAAAUCUAUUGUUCAGACAUUGACACUGAUGUUAAUGAUGAUAGUGAAUGGAAUGCAGACCAUGUGGACUCAGGGGAUGACACUGACUCUUAUUUUGUUGAGAAAACUAACAAAAAUAGAAAUAAAAAAUGCAAAAUGACAAAGAAAGGCAUAAAAAAUAAAGAAAAUAAAAGAUUGAAGAAGUCUGAAAAACAGGAAAAGAUGAGUAAUGUGAAUAAUGAAGAAAAAACUCUGAAAUACAGUACAGAAGUACUAGCUGAGAGUGAAAAUAAGGUAGAUGAAAAUUAUUCAGAGGUUAUUGAAUCAGGUGAUGUUGGAAAUAAAGUCCAAUCAGAGGAUAGAAAUUCAAUGUCAGAAGAAAGUAAAGAAAAACUAGAACUUGAGAUAGGAUCAGGAAAUGGAGGAGAGUGUGAAAAAUGUGGGAAGAGUUUCUUUUUUCAGUAUGAACUGACAGGGCAUAGAAAUAAAUGUACUGGUAAAAAUAAUCGGCAGAGGCGAAAGUGUGUUACCUGUCAUGUUAACUUUGAGUCAACUGAGGAUUACAUGGAGCAUCGGAACAGUGAUGUCAGAUGUAUAAAGCUGCGGCAAGAAAAGUUGGCUAAAAGGAAGCAGAAGAGGUUUGAGAUGAGAAGAAAAUAUUGUUGUUGUGCCUGUUCGAGGAAGUUCCGACGAUUAGCAGAUCAAAUUGAACAUGAAUUUUUAGCUCAUGAAAUACAAUAUGACAAAGAAAAAUGGCCAGAUCUGUAUUGUGAGUAUUGUAAUUAUUGGUCAAUGAAUCCAUGGAAGUUACAUCACCACAAGUUAGUUUCAUGUAACAAAGGGCAAGAACCAAUCUGUGAUAUGUGUGGAAACACUUACAAGAAUGAGAAAACAUUGAAAAAACACAAGGAACUAAUGCAUACUGAUGUUCAGCCCAUGUUGACUUGUGAAGAAUGUGGAAAAACACUCAAAGGUCAAAAAGGUCUCAAACAUCAUAUCAGGUUACGACACAGGGGAGAGAAUCUACAUAACUUGAUGAUGUGUCAUAUAUGUUCACAGACAUACAGAACAUCUAGUGAUCUCACGUUUCAUCUAUAUAAAGUACAUGAUCAGCCAUUACCUGAAGGCUUCACAGUAUACCGCUGUCCAAGAUGUGAUUAUUGUCACAACAACAAAAGAUUCUUUGACAAGCACAUGUUCCUUCAUGAAGAUAAAAGGGAAUGGCACUGUGACAGAUGUUCCAAAGCUUUCAAGACCAAAAAUAGUCUCAGUACUCAUAUGAUUGUUCAUACAUCUGAACGUAUUCCAUGUCCAUUUGAUGAUUGCACAUAUAAAGCGUUGAAGAACUGUCACCUGAAAAAUCAUGUAGAAAAUCAACAUACCCAAAAGGGAGAGAAACACGAGAAGUGUCAUCUGUGUGAGUACAGUACAUUCUUUAGAGGUAAUCUUAUAAAGCACCAGAGAAGUGUUCAUAAACUUGAGGUUGUUACUAGACAUAGUGUUGAAAUGAAAGCUCGAUAUAAAAAUCUCAAGAGCGGCCAGAUUCUUGGUGUAAAAGAUGAUGCAAUUAGUGACAAGAAAUCUAAGAAUAUAGACCAUUCUACUUCAAGUGUAGCUCAAGAAUCAGGGUAUCCCACGUCAUCAUCAUCUUCUUCUUCAUCUGAUAAGAGUAUGGUGGAGGAUCAGUGCCACUUCCAGGACAAAACUGUUCCAUUACCUGCCUCGCAGAAUGUGUCAGAGUCAUUCGUUUAUACACUCAGUACUCCUAUGAUAACCCACCAUUCUAACUAUCCAGCAAAUGCCAACAUGUACCAUUUACCACCUAUUGAUUUCUCAGUAUACAACCAAAACUCUUCCAUGGAUCAGAUGUGAUACCUAGAAUAUAGAGACACAUCAAGACUUGACCUUAAAGGGGAUAUGAUACAAAAUAAACUACACAUUAAACUUGACUUUAUAAAAAAUAGUUGGGCUAUCCUUCUAAUCUUAUAUAUACAUCAAUUUUAUAGUAACCUCCCUUGAGCAUGUUGCCAAAUUAGUUCUGUUUCUUAUAAAACUUUAUGAAAUAUGCAUAGAAACACCUUUAAUCAAAUUAUUAGCUAAUGAACUUUGAACGUCGCCUUUCCUUGUUGAUCUUGUUUAUCAUAUUUUAUACACAUAAUAUAAAUUCUGAAUACUUCUUUUAACAACCAUGGUUAGCUUUGUGUCGUUUUUAUAUACAUUCUAAUCUUACCAGUCUUUACUCUUUAUUUAUAGAAAUUGGGUAGUGUAGUGCAUGAAAUUAUUGUUUAUAAUAUAGAUUUUGCGGGCUUUAGAUUAUAUGUAUUAUUUAUAAAUCUCAGGAUGUAUAUUUAUUUUUUAGGUUUAUAAUAAAUUUGAAAUAUGGUCACAAGAGUGUUCUUUAAUUCAGAUUCUAUAACUCAUUAUUGCAGUUUGACAAAGUUAUGCCCUAUUUAAGCUUUUCUGUUUUGAAGAAAUAGACACACUAUUAUGAUUGCUGCAGCCUUGUCAUCAUUGUUGUCAUGCAAAUACUCUAACAUAGCCAUUUUAAAAAAAAUAUUCAAGAUGAACCUUGGAAUACUUGCUUAUCAUGACAAGUUGAAGUAUUUAGACAAGGGACUUGAUUCUGAAAGCUACAUUUCUAGAGAAAUGUCUAUUUUCAACCUAAAAUUCUUAACAGACGAGUUUUAAUACUGCAUGUGGUGCUAUUGUUUAAGUUUGUAUUUUUUUGUGCCAUCAUGAUUUUAUUUUAAAUUAAUAUUCUUUACCAGUACUUUUACCUGUAUACUUUUCUUUCUGUCAGAGACAAUUUCUUUUUUAUGCAUUUUAUGUCAUACAA